CACGCCUGGAUGAAGAUGGGCUGCGCCGAUAAUCCAAAUAUAUCCAGAUUAGAAACGUAUCUCGACAGAAGAAGAAGAAGCAGCUCGAGGAGAGAGUGGAUUUUUGGUUUUCAGACACUGAAAUAUCCAACCCAGAAGAAACACCCAGCUGCAAAGAUGCGGGUUCCAGUCUGCUGGAUGCUGCUCUGCCUUUUCUGCCUAAGCUCAGGAACCGGUUUGAAGUCCAAAAUUAUCAGAGAUGUUUACGAGGGGCUGUGGAACAAAAAUCUGAACGUUGCCAAGGAUAUACUAAAACUGACGUUCCUGCAGAAGAUGGAAAAAGGAAAACUGUCACAGGACGCAUUCAACAACUUCAUGAAGCAGGACAUUUAUUAUGUGGGACAGGUUACCAACAUGUUAAAGAAAUUAUCUGAGACUCCAGGCGAGCUUCAAGACUUCUUCAAGAACAGAUAUAACAGCUAUGACAAGUUCCUUCACACCUUGCUGCACGACUACAAUCUUAAGGAUGUCUCUGGCAUCAAACCGAUCCCUGCCAUAAAGAAGUACAUUGACGAUUACAGAGAGAUCAUGGAGAAGGAGGAGCCAAUCUACUUUGCUGUGGGCAUGUAUCCCUGCGCGAGACUCUGGCCUUUCAUCGCCACGGAACUCAAAAUGGACAAGACGAACCCCUUCUACAAGUGGAAGGAGAGCAACAUGUGCAGUCACCCUGAAAAACACUACAAAGACCUGCUCAACAAGUAUCUGCAGAGCGAAGAGGAGAUUGAAAGGGCAGAUAAGGUCUUCAAACAGCAAAUACUGAACGAGGGAGAAUUCUUCAAAGCGUCCGGCCAAAGUGGAGUAGAGCGAAGGAGACGAGGUGUCAGAUGAGUGUUUAAAACAAGUCAUGGAUUUGUCAGGUUUCACUAUAAAUGAUGUGGUGAUAAAUAAAGCAUGUCUCACAACA